AUGAGAAGAAAAGAAUUUGUUUUUUUGGAGUGCGAGAGACAUGGUAUGUACAGGUCAUACAAGGACCCGAAGACGUUCAAGUACAAAACAACUGGAACAAAAAAGUUAGGCUGUCCUUUUAGACUGAAAGGAAGACCUAGGAAGGUUGAAAGACGGUGGUGGCUGAAAGUGAUGAACGACAUACACAACCAUGAACCAGCUAGAUCACUAAUUAGCCACUCAUACGUUGGUCGAUUAUCAGAAGAAGAAAAGGGGCAUGUGGAAACUGUGGCUAGGUCUUGGGUUGCAACGAGACCCAUGCUAGUGUCUUUAAAGGAAAAUAAUCCAGGUAACUUGACUACAAUCACUCAAGUUUACAGUUGUUGCAAAAGGUUUAGAAAAUUUGUCCGGGGGCCAUUGACAGAAAUGCAACAUUUGAUGAAGAAGUUGGUAGAAGACAAGUAUGUUCACUUCGAAAGACAACAAGACGAUUCAUACGUCAUUAGAGAUGUUUUCUGGACUCAUCCUGUUGCUGUCAAAUUGUUCAACACAUUCCCUCAUUUGGUCAUCAUGGAUUGCACGUACAAGAUAAAGAAAUACCAGAUACCCUUGCUUGAAAUCGUUGACAUUACUUCUAAUGAUAUGACUUUCUCCAUAGCACUUUGCUACAUGAUUCACGAGUGCACAAAUGACUAUAUUUGGGUCUUGGAGUGUAUGAAGUCUCUGAUUGCCGACCCUGCCAGAUUACCUAAAGUGAUUGUGACUGACAAAGAUUUGGCUUUACUAAGUGUUGUACAUAAAAUAUUUCCCUCUUCUAGCCAUUUAUUAUGCCGGUUCCACAUAAACAAGACUGUUGAGGCAAAGUUCAAAUUGCACGUUGGCACAAAUGAUUUUGAUGAUUUAGUGAUGGACAAGUAG